AUGCCUGGGCUCCUGCAGUUUAUUACCGAGACUCAGGAGGUGGAUUAUUCGUCAACUGGGGCAUUAGCGGAGGAGGUGAGACUAUGGCUACCCUCCUGCAUACCAGGUGGAUCACAGGAGCCAGGUUCGAUUCGCCACAUCUUGCGCUUGAAAAUGCGGAUGGUCGAGUACAAGAACAAGAACGUACGAGAUCCAGAUCGUCUCCAUAAAGGAACAGGUCGCCGAGGAACGAAUGAAGAUAGCUGGGAGCCAGGAUUGGUUCCCGAACUUCCUGAACCCGGCAUCGAUCUGUAUCAAGAUAGUCGAGAAAAACGCGAUGGGACUGGCCAAACCUGGCGUACUCUUUCUUGGAUUUGGACAAUGACGAAGAUCAACCUAGUGGAUGGGGCUGAUGAAAAUGACGAUGAAGUGCUACAUUUCGGAAUGGUGUUCGCAGUCGUGCAAGAGCACAUCGGGCACAACCUUGAGGUUCUUGGAAUGGCGAGAGGGAGUGGUGGAUGCAACGGCGGGAUGCGCACGAUGGACGAAUGGAGAAUGCGCCGCGUUCCGAACUGCAUCCCAGCGAUGACUGAUGAUGCCAGCAGCGAUGGUGAUAGGGAUGAACAAAACAUCGGGAUUUGGAGUGAUGAGGAGGAGGUGGAGCUGGAUGAGGAGGAUUAUGCGGAUCUCUGA